GGGUUUCGGGCCGAGCCUUAAAUUUGGCAGAAACCAUCGGGCCUGGGUAGGGCUCUAAAGAAGAGGAAGUCACCGUUGAUAUAAUGACCUAAGGCUGAGCAAACCGGUUUCUUACCUUGGCUGACACUCCCUCACCGCUGCUGGAAUGAGGAACAAACACGUCGAUAAUAUCCAAUAUUCCCUCAGUCGAUAUCAUCUAUUCUCCUGACUAGGCAUGGGUCGAACUACAGCCCCUGUGCCAAAUGAACACCUCAACGUACAACUGAACGGGAAUAACUUAAAAAGCGCCAUUUGUAAAGAAAAUGGAUACUACAAUAAGGAACAGAAAAACAGCACAGAAAAUGGUGCUGGGCCCCGCUCCUGUCAGAAGAGGUUUCAGAGACCAGAAUCCUUUGAGCAGGCUCCCAUGUACGUAGCCGUGAUGACAUACCUGGGGUUCGGCAUCGUCACACUAUUUGGGUAUUUCAGAGACUUCCUCAGAGCAGUGGGCCUGGAGAAAUGCCACAUCGCCAAAGAGAGAGAGGAACAGAAGGAUUUUGUCCCCCUGUAUCAAGACUUUGAGAACUUCUACACCCGUAACCUGUACAUGAGAGUAAGAGACAACUGGAACAGACCUAUCUGCAGUCUACCUGGCCCUGUGUUUGACGUGAUGGAGAGGGUGUCCCCAGAUUACAACUGGACAUUCAGGUUAACAGGGAAGACCAUAGACGGCGUGAUCAACAUGGGUUCCUAUAAUUACCUGGGUUUCGCUGAGAACGAUGCUGAUUUCAUGAAGACUGUUGCAGACAGAACCCAGCAGUAUGGCCUCGGUGUCUGCAGCACACGACAGGAAAUGGGGAACCUGGUUAUCCAUGGGGAGUUGGAGCAGCUUGUAGCCACCUUCCUGGGGGUGGAGUCCAGCAUGGCCAUGGGUAUGGGCUUCGCUACCAAUUCCAUGAACAUACCGGCACUGGUCGGCAAGGGCUGUCUGAUUCUGAGUGAUGAGCUGAACCACACCUCUCUGAUCUUGGGGGCCAGGUUGUCAGGGGCAACUAUCCGGGUGUUCAAGCACAACAACAUGCAGAGCCUGGAGCGUCUGUUGAGGGAGGCGGUCUGUAGUGGGCAGCCUCGGACCCACCGACCCUGGAAGAAGAUCAUGAUCAUGGUGGAAGGAAUCUACAGUAUGGAGGGGUCUGUGGUGCGUCUGCCGGACAUCGUAGCCCUGAAGAAGAAGUACAAGGCCUACCUGUAUCUGGACGAGGCUCACAGUAUCGGGGCGGUGGGACCGACAGGUCGGGGUGUGACCGAACUGUUCGGGCUGGACCCCUCGGACAUUGACGUCAUGAUGGGAACGUUCACCAAGAGCUUCGGAGCUGCAGGAGGAUACAUAGCUGGGAAGAAGGAAUUGGUUGACUAUCUGCGUAGCCACUCCCACAGUGCGGUCUACGCCUCUGCUAUAUCUCCUCCCAUCACAGAGCAGAUCCUCAGAGCCAUGAAAUGCAUCAUGGGACUGGAUGGAACCACCGUGGGUCAGGCCAGGGUGCACCAGCUAGCAGAGAACACACGCUACUUCAGGUCACGCCUUCAGGAGAUGGGCUUCAUCAUCUAUGGUAACGAUUAUUCUCCCGUGGUCCCGAUUCUGCUCUACAUGCCAGGAAAAGUUGUGGCUUUCUCUCGUGCCAUGCUGGAGAGGAAGAUCGGAGUGGUGGUGGUAGGGUUCCCUGCUACGCCCAUCACCGAGGCACGGGCACGCUUCUGUCUGUCUGCUACACACACCAAGGCCAUGCUCGACCAGGUGUUGUUUGAUCUGAACCAGUUAGGAGAUGAUUUGUGUCUGAAGUUCUCCCGGAGGAAAUAUUCUCCUCGUCCACAACAACAACACAACGACGACGACACGACAACGACAACGACGACACAGACUUUGAGCAGGACAGUCAGCUAAUAGACUGAUAGGAUGACCCCUGACCUUUGCACUGAGAGAAUGUUAUGGUGGUUCCAUGGCAACAGGGAAUAGCCAUAUGUCCUAAUAAUGUGUCCUUUACCCUAAAGUGUGCACUCCGACCCCACGAAUAUAAAAAGCAUUGGAUUGGUGUAAGCAUGGGUUAGACAGUAUCCGCCAUUUUGUCUUGUACCAGUCCAUAAUGGAAAGUGAACAGGUCACACAAAGACAGAUUGUUGGGAUACUGAGUGGGCCUCUGUCUUCCCUGAGACCCCACUCUCUCAAUACACAGAGAGAGUGGGGUCUCAUCUCUACCAGUCCAAUACACAGAGAGAGUGGGGUCUCAUCUCUACCAGUCCAAUACACUGAGAGAGUGGGGUCUCAUCUCUACCGGUCUAAUACACAGAGAGAGUGGGGUCUCAUCUCUACCAGUCCAAUACGCUGAGAGAGUGGGGUCUCAUCUCUACCAGUCCAAUACACAGAGAGAGUGGGGUCUCAUCUCUACCAGUCCAAUACACAGAGAGAGUGGGGUCUCAUCUCUACCAGUCCAAUACACUGAGAGAGUGGGGUCUCAUCUCUACCAGUCCAAUACGCUGAGAGAGUGGGGUCUCAUCUCUACCAGUCCAAUACACAGAGAGAGUGGGGUCUCAUCUCUACCAGUCCAAUACGCUGAGAGAGUGGGGUCUCGUCUCUACCGGUCUAAUACACUGAGAGAGUGGGGUCUCAUCUCUACCGGUCUAAUACACUGAGAGAGUGGGGUCUCAUCUCUACCGGUCUAAUACACUGAGAGAGUGGGGUCUCAUCUCUACCGGUCUAAUACACAGAGAGAGUGGGGUCUCAUCUCUACCAGUCCAAUACACAGAGAGAGUGGGGUCUCAUCUCUACCGGUCUAAUACACUGAGAGAGUGGGGUCUCAUCUCUACCGGUCUAAUACACAGAGAGAGUGGGGUCUCAUCUCUACCAGUCCAAUACACAGAGAGAGUGGGGUCUCAUCUCUACCAGUCCAAUACACAGAGAGAGUGGGGUCUCAUCUCUACCAGUCCAAUACACAGAGAGAGUGGGGUCUCAUCUCUACCAGUCCAAUACGCUGAGAGAGUGGGGUCUCGUCUCUACCAGUCCAAUACACUGAGAGAGUGGGGUCUCAUCUCUACCAGUCCAAUACACUGAGAGAGUGGGGUCUCAUCUCUACCGGUCUAAUACACAGAGAGAGUGGGGUCUCAUCUCUACCAGUCCAAUACACUGAGAGAGUGGGGUCUCAUCUCUACCAGUCCAAUACACAGAGAGAGUGGGGUCUCAUCUCUACCAGUCUAAUACACAGAGAGAGUGGGGUCUCAUCUCUACCAGUCCAAUACACAGAGAGAGUGGGGUCUCAUCUCUACCAGUCCAAUACGCUGAGAGAGUGGGGUCUCGUCUCUACCAGUCCAAUACACAGAGAGUGGGGUCUCAUCUCUACCAGUCCAAUACACUGAGAGAGUGGGGUCUCAUCUCUACCAGUCUAAUACACUGAGAGAGUGGGGUCUCAUCUCUACCAGUCCAAUACACAGAGAGAGUGGGGUCUCAUCUCUACCAGUCCAAUACACAGAGAGAGUGGGGUCUCAUCUCUACCAGUCCAAUACACAGAGAGAGUGGGGUCUCAUCUCUACCGGUCUAAUACACUGAGAGAGUGGGGUCUCAUCUCUACCGGUCUAAUACACUGAGAGAGUGGGGUCUCAUCUCUACCAGUCCAAUACACAGAGAGAGUGGGGUCUCAUCUCUACCAGUCUAAUACACUGAGAGAGUGGGGUCUCAUCUCUACCAGUCCAAUACACAGAGAGAGUGGGGUCUCAUCUCUACCAGUCUAAUACACAGAGAGAGUGGGGUCUCAUCUCUACCAGUCUAAUACACUGAGAGAGUGGGGUCUCAUCUCUACCGGUCUAAUACACUGAGAGAGUGGGGUCUCGUCUCUACCAGUCCAAUACACAGAGAGAGUGGGGUCUCAUCUCUACCAGUCCAAUACACUGAGAGAGUGGGGUCUCAUCUCUACCGGUCUAAUACGCUGAGAGAUUGGGGUCUCAUCUCUAUCUUAUACAACCAUAAGGAAAGUCCAGUGCCAACGGUGAUGGCUGCUGCUCCAUGCUGUAUAUAGCAGUAUGUGUUCACAUUACAAUAUCAAUUAAGAGAUCAUAUACAUUUCUUGUCGUUAUACAAGACAACCAAUAAUCCCAGGCUGUCACUGGAACUGAGAAUGUUUUGUUAACUGGUUGGCACGAUUUAAAUUGUUCAAGGAAUUAAUGUAUCUGAUUUAAAUAAAUGUUAUGUUAAUUAAUGUAUCUGAUUUAAAUAAAUGUUAUGUUAAUUAAUGUAUCUGAUUUAAAUAAAUGUUAUAUUCAUUAAUGUAUCUGAGUUAAAUAAAUGUUACAUUAAUUAAUGUAUCUGAUUUAAAUAAAUGUUAUAUUAAUUAAUGUAUCUGAGUUAAAUGUUACAUUUGUUGAAUCUUUGGCAUCAUUAAAUUGAAGACUGUGAUUUUAUCAAAUCAA